CACAUCAUCGGGGAAUGUCGUAACCUAUCCGUCGUUUACCAAAGUCCCAAACAGAUAACGGCCAGCCCCCCAACUACAUCGACGACAUUUAGCCAUCUACAAAAUAGUUUUGAAGAAUUUAUUGGAAUCGGUUAUCAACACGACCCUUUGACAACCCGAAGUCAUGGUUUCAAGAUGGACAUACAUCACGCUGACGAUGUUGCUGUGUGUGGAGUUGGGGGAGUCACGGACGUUUCGAGCCGCAGUUCUUGAACACGCCUUGCGCCUUCCCAACAGGACCUUAUUUGUCAGAUCCAGAGAACAAGCGUUGGCUUAUGUUGAACCUAAUUUGGCCGAAUUCGAGCGUCAAGCCGCAAUCGCCCGAACACAGGAUGUUGAUAUUCUGGUCACCCCUGAAGAUGGAAUCUACGGCACAGCUCACGGGAGGACAACAAUAAGGCCUUUUCUGGAAACCAUUCCUGACCCAAAGCACGUGACAUGGAACCCAUGCACGGCCUCCGCAGACAUACCCAACGUUGACGUCCAACGACGUCUCAGCUGCAUCGCACGUAACAACACCCUCUACCUGGUGGCAAACUACGGCGAUAUGCAACCCUGCUCCGUCCAGAACGACUCCCACUGCCCCUCUGUUGGUCACUACCAAUACAACACAGACAUUGUGUUCGACCCUAACGGUACACUCAUUGCUAGGUACCACAAAACGCACCUUUACUACGAAUACCAAUUUGACGAACCAUCUGAAGCCGAAAACAUCGUGUUUGAGACGCCGUUUGGCAAAUUUGGCGUGUUCACCUGCUAUGAUAUUUUGUUCGAGAAGCCAGCCACUUCCCUCGUUAACGACCUCGGCGUUGGCAACAUCGUGUUCCCCACAGCAUGGUUUGAUGCUCUACCUUUCUUUGCUGCAGUGGAGUUCCAUUCAGCCUUCGCUAUGGGGAUGGGUGUGAACUUCCUGGCCGCAAACAUCCAUCGGCAUAGGUUUCACGGCAGCGGCAUUUACACACCGGACGGCGCUGCAGUAUACUAUUACAACGACACUGUCGGCUCUGGAGGUGGAAAACUCCUAAUUGCGGACAUUGAGGUUCUGGAUAAACCUACACGUCGCCUUGGCAACGAUCAAAGCAAACCAGAUUCGAGGAUGCUCAGCGUGGACCAGUUUGAAUUUAAGUCCUACGCUUUCCAUGAUUUGUUUAACUUUGUUUCCCUUCGAGAUUCUCACGCUGACGAAAUCAAGGUUUGCCAUAACGCUCUCUGUUGCCACGCCAAGUACACGGCCAACAUCCAUGAAGGUGACAGGUAUGCACUUGGCGCAUUUGAUGGCCUACACACAUACCGGGGGCACUUUUACCAUCAAAUAUGCACAGUGCUUAAAUGUGCCAAUUCGUCUUAUUCAAGCUGCGGCUCACCAACAUUAGAUGCCAGGUCCAUCUUCUCCAACAUUACCAUAUGGGGCACAUUCAGCACACCCUACCUCUUCCCGGAAGUGCUGAUGUCAGACAACGGAAGUCUCGCCCUUGCGCAGACGCAGUUGAGCUUCGAGAACGGCACUCUCGACACCAACAAUCCCUUGGAUCUCCCGCUGUUGUCUGCAACGGUGAUCGGUCGGAAAUACAGCUGCGACAACGGCACCGCCAAACAACAUGCCGUCUUGUAGCUAGAGCCACGACAGCUGUAUCCUGGCCCUCCUCUUGGUUCCCUUUUGUAUACGCUUCCGCUCCUCUGAACAUGACAUAACACCUUUGUAAGACUAUGUGCAUGUCCAAAUAUGAAUAUUGAAUUCCUUUUGUCAUAAUAACAUCCAAUAUUUGAUAACUGACGACGUAUUACUUAUAUUAUUUCCAUAGAAUUAUGCAUAUGACGUAUGAUGUUUUUUUUCUGUUUAAAUCAACACGCCUUUACAAUACAUUUUUUUCGCUCGGGUUCGAUUCCCCACAUGGGUACAAUGUGUGAAGCCCAUUUCUGGUAUCCCCCGCCGUGAUAUUGCUGUAAUAAUGCUAAAAGUGGCGUAAAACUAAACUCACUCACUUACUCCAAUACAUUUAUGCAGACGUUUGAAACUGUCUCGAACGUGAUCUUAUGAUCAGCCAACCGUGUAGCAAGCCACUGUUUUCGUGUAAGCCCGAUAGGUUGCAAAGCUUUAUAUAUGUAUUUAGAUAGUAGUAAAGGCUUGUCAAACUUUCAAGGUGAUCUUUAGCAAGUAUCAUCUGUAAGCCCGGGCGUUUUUUAAAUGGUAGCUACACCUCUGUAAUAAAAAACUGAACCACUUUCUUCGACAAAAAGUGUGGUUAGACUUACAUGUAUAGUAUACACAUACUGAGAGAAACAAAUAAAGGAACACAGGAAAAUUUCAGUGUUCCUUUAAUAUUUUCCAGUUUUCCUCACCAGCUUUGAAUAGCGCUGUGGGUGAAAAUCUGAGAAUAAAUAAAGGAACACUGACACGAAAUGGUGUUCCCUUAUUUGUUUUCCUCAGUAUAUUUAAGAGCAUUAACAAGACACCAGUCUGAAUAUGCGAGUCAAAACGCAACAUUUACACCAACCUAGAAUUAUUUUAUUUAUAAUAUAAUUUCUGCAUGUAAAAAGAUUACUUUGUGUGCCCAAUAAAAGUUGAUUCUGAAUUAAAGCUAGCAUGUCA